AUGGCGAUUGCAUCUCUUGUGGUCGAGUACUUGGCCUCACCAUGGAUCCUAGCCACCGUGCCGGUCUGGCUGGUUCUGUACUACUUAGUUCCAUACUUUACAACCUUCAUCCAUUUAGCCCACGUUCCAGGCCCAUUUGUCGCUAAAUUCAGCAAUUUAUGGGUCGCUUUAGGUGCUCGACGAGGCAAGAAGUUUGAUAUUGUUGACCGGGCUCACCGCAAAUACGGUAAAGUUGUUCGUAUCGGUUUCAACCAUGUCUCCAUCGCCGAUGAGCGAGGCCUGAACAUCGUCUACGGUCACGGCAACGCAUUCAUCGCCAAGACCCCAGGCAUGUUCAACGUUCGCGACCGUGCUGAGCACACUCGCAAGCGCAAGAUUAUCGCCCACGCUUUCUCGCCCCGAUCUGUUGCCGAAUUUGAGCCUCACAUGACAACUAACCUGGAGCGAUGGGUAAAACAGCUGGACUUGAUUGCCGCCAAAGCACCUACCCAGAAGAAGUUUGGCGAAUUCAACGCUAUGCCCUGGUUCAGUUAUCUCGCUUUCGAUAUCAUCGGUGACCUGGCAUUCGGAUCCCCAUUUGGUAUGGUCAAUAAGGGCAAGGAUGAGGCCGAGAGUCAACUUGUACCGGGUGGUCCUAUCAGAAAAGCUCCCGCUGUCGACGUGCUGAACCGACGAGGCGAGAUCUCUUCUACCCUGGGUCUUCUGCCAACCCUCCGUCCCAUUGCCAGAUAUUUGCCCGAUCCCUUCUUCUCCAAGGGCGUUGCUGCUGUGCAGAACUUAACAGGUAUUGCCAUCGCCGCUGUCGCUACCCGACUUGACGCCGCUGAACGAGGGGUUGCCAACAACCGUAACGAUAUUCUCGCUCGUUUGAUCCAAGCUCGUGAUUCCAAAGGAGAACCUAUGGGCCGCGAAGAGCUCAUAGCCGAGGCGUUGACCCAGCUGAUCGCUGGCUCAGACACAGUUUCUAACACUGCCUGCGCCUGCUUCUACUGGAUUCUCGCCGGCGAGCGCGCUAACCCCGGCAAGAUCGUUGCUCGUCUCCAGAAGGAGCUGGACGAUUCCAUCGGCGCGACCUCUGAGAUAGCCGCAUACUCCCAAGUCCGCGACCUACCUUUCUUGCGGCGCUGCAUUGAUGAGGCCAUGCGUCUUCACUCCACAUCGGCACUUGGACUCCCUCGUCUCGUCGCCGCUGGUCCCGGUGUCGAAUUUGACGAAUACCACUUCCCCCUGGGACCGUUCUCUCUGUCCCAAAUUUGGGGCCCGGAUGUGGAUGAGUUCAAUCCUGAGCGCUGGCUCAACCUGACGCAGCGACAAAAGACCUGUUUCAACCCAUUCUCGUACGGCCCGCGUGCUUGUGUUGGUCAGAACGUGGCUAUAAUGGAACUUCAGUUGAUAAUUGGUACGCUGUUUCACCGUUAUGACUUUGAGUUAUAUCAGCAGGAAAUGAAGUCGCAUGAGGGAUUCUCGAAGAAACCGAAGGAAUGUUUUGCUGGAAUUCAGCGGAGGAGCACAGUUUGA